UCAGAGUCUGCCCAGACCCAGAGGAUGGAGGUCUCGCCCCGAACCCUCCUCCUGCUGCUCUCGGGGGUCCUGGCCCUGACCGAGACCUGGGCGGGUGAGUGCGGGGUCGGGAGGGAAGCGGCGUCUGCGGGGAGGAGCGAGAGGACCGCCCGGCGGGGGCGCAGGACCCGGGCGCCGCGCGGGGAGGAGGGUCGGCCGGGUCUCAGCCCCUCCCCGCCCCCAGGCUCCCACUCCAUGAGGUAUUUUUCCACCGCCGUGUCCCGGCCCGGCCGCGGGGAGCCCCGGUACAUCUCCGUCGGCUACGUGGACGACACGCAGUUCGUGCGGUUCGACAGCGACGCCGAGAAUCCGAGGAUGGAGCCGCGGGCGCCGUGGGUGGAGCAGGAGGGGCCGGAGUAUUGGGACCGGGAGACACGGAACGCCAAGGACGCCGCACAGACUUUCCGAGUGAGCCUGCGGACCCUGCGCGGCUACUACAACCAGAGCGAGGCCGGGUCUCACACUAUCCAGUGGAUGUCUGGCUGCGACGUGGGGCCGGACGGUCGCCUCCUCCGCGGGUACCGGCAGUUCGCCUACGACGGCGCCGACUACAUCGCCCUGAACGAGGACCUGCGCUCCUGGACCGCGGCGGACACGGCGGCUGAGAUCACCAAGCGCAAGUGGGAGGCGGCCGGUGCGGCGGAGCACCACAGGGCCUACCUGGAGGGAAGGUGCGUGGACUGGCUGCGCAGAUACCUGGAGCGCGGGAAGGACACGCUGCAGCGCGCGGACCCCCCAAAGACACACGUGACCCACCACCCCGUCUCUGACCGUGAGGCCACCCUGAGGUGCUGGGCGCUGGGCUUCUACCCUGCGGAGAUCACACUGACCUGGCAGCGGGAUGGGGAGGACCAGACCCAGGACACCGAGCUUGUGGAGACCAGGCCUGCAGGGGAUGGAACCUUCCAGAAGUGGGCGGCUGUGGUGGUGCCUUCUGGAGAGGAGCAGAAAUACAUGUGCCAUGUGCAGCACGAGGGGCUGCCGGAGCCCCUCACCCUGAGAUGGGAGCCGCCUUCCCAGCCCAGCGUCCCCAUGGUGGGCAUCGUUGCUGGCCUGGUCCUCCUUGGAGCUGUGCUCACUGGAGUUGUCAUCGCUGUGAUGUGGAGGAAGAAGAGCUCAGGUGGAAAAGGAGGGAGCUAUGCUCAGGCUGCCUGCAGCGACAGUGCUCAGGGCUAGAUGAGAGUCUCACGGCUCGUAAAGUGUGAGACAGCUGCCUGUGUGGGACUGAGCGAUGCAGGAUUUGUUCACGCCUCCCCUUUGUGGCUUCAGGAGCCUCUGACUUCUCUAUCUGCAAAGGCCUCUGAAUGACUCUGUGUCCCUGUUCCCGUAAUGUGAUGGGGUGGAGAGGCCAGCCCACCCCUGUGUCCUGUCCCCUCUGCCACACUGAUGUGUGCCCUCUGCCCAGUCAUGUUUCCUGUCCCAGCGAGGAAGGACUGGGACGUCUCCAUCCCUGUCUCAACGUCAUGGUGCGCUGAGCUACUUCCCUACUGAAAAUAAGAAUUGAAUAUAAAUUUAUUUUCUCAAAUUCUUGUAAUGAGAGGUUGAUGGGUUAAUUAAAGGAGGAAUUUCCUAAACUUUGAGAGUGGAAAUAAAUGGAAGACCUGAGAA